AUGUCAUCCCGACGGGCGAUUGAGUCCGCAGAUGGAAGUAUGGGUCACCAAGGAUCAUUGGUUUCCACGCAGGCACCAUCACGCAAGAGGGCUCGAGCACACAACAUGGCCACUAUCGGCCUUGACAUCAUUGCGAAUGUAUCAGAGGCUACAGAUAUACUCGCUCCUCUCAAAGCAGCCUGUCGAGCAAUCAAAUCUAUCCUAGAGGUCAUGCAGGCUGUCGACGAUAACAAAGGAGAAUUUACAGAUCUUGCACAGCGGUUGGAAGAGUACAUGUUGGCCAUCGAGGAUCAAAUUGACUCGUUCGAGGAAUAUCCCCCAGAAGAUAGAGUCGUCGACGAGGCGUUUCGACGACCACUCAUUCGUUACGUAGAGACACUCGAGGAGUUUCACGGGACGAUCAUAAACUAUGCACAUAAGCGACGCAGCAGCGGUCUUAGCGCGUUCACCGCGAUCAGUAAAGUAAAACUCGACGCAGAAGUUCUCCGAAAAUUUCACCGGGAUAUAGAGGACCGGCAUAGACACUUCACGGGCGCACUGAGCCUCUUUAACGCAUCGCGAGUGCAAGCAAUCGAAAGAAGUGUUGCAAUACUCCAGCUGCCAACAGUUGCCGUUGUGGCCUCGUCAGUUCACACUACUUGUUUGCAAGGGACACGUCAAGCCGUCCUUCAAGCAAUUUCGAAUUGGGCCCAGGAUAACAUGUCAGAUAAACCCAUAUUUUGGCUAUGCGAUAUUGCGGGUGCUGGAAAAUCCACUGUCGCAAUGUCGGCAACGGCGUUGUGGAAGACAGAGGGAGUGCUAGGUGGUCAAUUCUUCUUCUCGAUUUCCAAUAGCGAAGCAUCGACAACGGAGAAGUUUUGCUCUACCAUGGCCAGGGAGCUUGCUCAUCAUCUGCCCGAACUGGCGCGGCACGUCGCACACUCUAUAAGCCAAAACCCAGCCAUCAUGCGAAGCUCAUUUGGCGAACAGUUCCGUACCCUCAUCACCGGUCCACUCCGCCAUCGACAAAAGCGGGUCAUCCUUGUUAUCGACGCCAUCGACGAGUGCAAGUCUGGAGCAAAGCGAAAAGAACUUCUAGAGACACUUGUCACGGCUACUCGGGAGAGCACAAACCUCAGGAUUUUCAUCACGAGCCGACCAGACCCAGUGAUUGAAGCGGUUCUGCAGCCACUGUCGAUCAAAUCCAAGUUGGAAGACCGCCUGCACGAUGUCAACCAUGAGGACAAUUUCGAUGACAUCGCGGUUUACAUCAACCGGUCGCUGGAUGGAGUGCUGUCAGAGAGCAAAAGACAGCGACUGGUCGAACAAGCAAACGGUCUAUUCAUUUGGGCGAGCACCGCAUGCCAAAUGCUCACUAGCCCAACCAGCUUGAGUGCGCCCGAAGAUAUAUAUAAUCGUCUGACCUCCAUGGGGGAAAAUCGAGUCAUAGACGACAUAUAUAAUCUCAUUUUCGAGCGCACGGAUCCCGCAUACUACAGAGUCAUGUGUGAAAUGCUUUCAUUGCUGCUUGCAGCCUUCGAACCAUUUACCGUAGACGAUCUAGAUGACCUCUUGAAGCAUGCCAAAGUACCCGGAAGCGCCAAGGCCUUGGUACAGGGUCUAGGAAGCGUGCUCACUAGAGAUCCAACCACAAAUACCAUCAACUUUCGCCAUUAUACGUUGGUCGAGUAUCUCGAACGUUGUUGCACACCCUCCAUCGGCGAUUCUAAUAAAAUCCAUCUCGAUAUGGCGAGUGCGCAUGGUAGAAUUGCGUCGUGGUGUUUCAAGCAUCUCAAAUCGCGGACUGAGGGUCUCAAAUUCAAUAUAUGUCGAAUCGAGUCAUCUUUCGACCCGAAUUGGCAGAUACCUGAUAUUCAGGACAGGAUAUCGAAGUUCGUUUCCAGAAGACUUCAAUAUGCUAGCGUCCAUUGGUUAUUCCAUAUGGCAGGAACGGAUGACAACUGGCGACGGACGCUCAAAAACGAUCUUCGAUAUGUCAUUCAAGCUCCAUACGUAUUCUACUGGAUGGAAAUCCUAAGUCUUACGGAAGAAGUACCACGAGCGAUUACUGGCCUACGAGCCGCCAUGCGACACACGGCCCUCGAGAUCGCUCCACACAUCUAUAUUUCCGCGCUUCCAUUCUCCCCUAUCGAUUCUGUCCUAUUUCGUGAGGGCCUAGACAUCUAUGUGAACACCCUCAGGGUGGAUCAAGGGCUUGAAGCGAUGUAUCCCGGGUUCCCUGCGGCUCUUCGUGGUCACGAUGAAGCAGUCCAUGCUGCCGUGUUCUCUCCGGACAGUUCACAGAUUGUGUCCUGCUCAGCUGACCAAUCGAUUCAACUAUGGGAUGCGGACACUGGGCAGCCACUUGGGGAACCAAUCUGCGAGCACGAAGAUGCGGUUGUUGCUGUUGCAUUCUCGCCAGAGGGGUCAAGAAUCGUAUCUGGCUCGGAAGACUGGACAAUCCGACUGUGGGAUACGGGCUCUAGACAACCGCUAGGAGAGCCACUUCGAGGUCACGAAGACCGGGUUAGCUCUGUCGCAUUCUCGCCCGACGGCUCACAAAUUGUGUCUGGCUCGUACGACAAAACGAUCCGAGUGUGGGAUGCGGAGACCGGGCAGUCGCUAGGAGAGCCAUUUCGUGGUCACGAAGAUAGAGUCAGCUCGGUCGCAUUCUCACCAGACGGCUCACGAGUUGUGUCUGGUUCGUACGACAUGAAUAUUCGAAUGUGGGACGUAGAAACUGGCCAACCAUUGGGGGAACCACUUCGUGGUCAUGAAAUGAUAGUCAGAUCUGUUGCGUUCUCGCCAGAUGGUUCACAAAUCAUCUCUGGCUCGGACGAUCGCACAAUUCGAUUGUGGGACGCAGACAGCGGACAGCCAUUAGGACAACCACUUCGAGGUCAUAAAGGUUUCGUGGAAGCUGUCGCAUUCUCUCCAGGGGGGUCGCGAGUUGCCUCUGGCUCUGAUGACUGUACCGUUCGACUGUGGGAUGUAGAGGCUUGCCAGCAGUUGGGAGAGCCGUUCCACGAACAUGAAGCCCCAGUCAGUACCGUCGCGUUCUCUCCAGGUGGAUCGCGAGUUGUUUAUGGCUCCUGGGACUCGGAGAUUCGAGUUUUGGAUGCGGAGACUGGCCGACUGUUAGGAGAUUCAGGUCACGAAUACUUGAGUGGCCCUAUCGCAUUCUCUCCAGAUGGCUCGCAAAUUGUUCACUCCGUCGUGUUCUCACCGGAUGGCUCAAAAAUUGUCUCUGGAUCGUCAGACAAGACGAUUCGACUGUGGAGUGUAGAAUGUGGACAAGCGUUGGGAGAACCAUUGCGAGGCCAUAAAGAUAUAGUUAGCUCUGUUGCUUUCUCAUCCGACGGUUCAUAUAUCAUCUCUGGCUCUCACGACAAAACAAUUCGUAUAUGGGACGUAGAGUCCGGGGAGUCGCUAGGAGAGUCACUAUGCGGCCACGAAAAGGAGAUCAAUUCCGUCGCCUGCUCGCCUCUCGGCUUGUGGAUUGUCUCUGGUUCGCGCGACAAUACGAUUCGAGUGUGGGAUGCGGAAACCAGGCAGCCAUUGGGAGAGCCACUUCGGGGUCACGAAGACUCGGUUUGGGCCGUCGCAUUCUCACCCGACAGCUCAAGAAUUGUCUCUGGCUCUCAAGACAAAACGAUCCGACUCUGGAAUCCAGCCAUAGGGCAAAUGUUGGGAGAGCCACUUCGAGGCCACGAAGCCUCGGUCAACGCUGUCGCAUUCUCGCCGGACGGCUCACAGAUUGUCUCCAGCUCGGAUGACAGUACGAUUCGAUUAUGGAAUGUACACACUGGGCAGUCUCGGGGAGUGGUACUUGAACAUGGCGGAUAUUUUGGUGUGCCUGUCGCAUUUUCGCCAGAUGGAUCACGAAUCGUUUGUUCCUUUGAGGGAACAAUUCAGCUAUGGACUGCGGAGAUCGAUGCAGAUGCGACUCGCUUUGUGCGAUAUGAAGGAGAGCCUUCAGAUCCAGAUUCUACUGAAGAUCCAGGUAUCAUGGAAGUUGCAGGUGUUACGGAGGUUCCAGAGGUUACAGAGGAUCCAGGGUAUACGGUCAUUAUUCCAGGAUUCGACGAUUGCUCACUUUAUCCGGAUGGCUGGGUGCGGGCGUGGUGGAUGUCUUUCGACCCUCCAUCGUCUUCGUCGUCGUCCAGCAAUCCGUUUUCCCGUCUUUUCCACCACAAACCCAAGCCCGCAAGUUCGCUCAAGUACAUUUCGACGAGUAAACAGCACCAACUCUCUGAUAAUCCAUUUCACCGACCUCCCAGCGCUGCCAGCGGCUACGCGUCGAGCUACGCAUCCGAGGCGACAUUCCGCACGGGCAACAGCGCAUCUACGACUGCAGCUUAUCCAUCUAGUUCCUCGUCUUCAGCAGCGUCCAUCGUUCACCACCCGCCAUCGCCGCUCAUGAACUCGCACGACAUUGAUGGAGACGAGGGCGAAUGCCCCGUCUGUCUGGAGCCCCUUUCUUUUUCGUUUAGAUUACCUGGAGAAAAGCCGCACAUCGUCCCAGAAUGCGGCCACGCUCUUCACGAGGCGUGUUUCUCAGCCGUCUAUGGUCCUCUUCCAACUCGUAAUCCUGCUGGCGGUGUCCUUCCGCGCAAGUCCAGCUUGGGUGUCUGCGGUGUCUGUAGACGGCCGAUGAAAGUGUCUGAUGGAGACACUGGAAAGUCAAACAAACUCGCUGCACUUACCGGCAUCGGCGACCAAGCCGCUCCUCCAUCUUUUGCCCGUGGUGCUCAGCCUGGCACAAUGCGCUCCCAAGCAAGUUCACACCCCUCUCAGCGAGGUCGAGAUACGCCCUCGGCUGUGUUUGACCCGACCGAGGACGACCCUGUGGAGAAGGACCAUCAUCACCACCACCAAGCCGCCGGUCAUGUUCAAGUCGUCGCUCCGAGCAUCACCGUUCGUUCCGAAUUUGCGACCAUCAAUAGGAGCAACCAGCCCGUCCAGCCGCUCACAUGCAUCGUCGUCGUCGAAUUGCCGUCCAAACGUGCCGCGGGGGCUCCAAUCGAUCAGGCGGAUACAUUUAGAAGUAUUGUGCCCCCUAGUGCAGGGAUGAAUCCCGACGAAGGCGUUUACGGAGGAUAUCAUCAGGGCUAUCAGCCUUCCCACAUCAGUCGAAAACCCUCUGUCGAAUCUGGCACGUAUGCUAGCUACCGGGAUCGCGAUAGCGAUAAUACCGUUCGCAGAGAUGGUGCGACCUCGAGUCAGGAGGGUGGCUAUGGUGGAUAUCCACAAUCCUCGAGCAACGCAAACACAAACUCGUAUUCGACCAAUAACACUGCCUCAUACAAUUCCGGUAGUUCUUCCAGCGGAGCCGACUCGCCCUUUCACAGCAUCACCGAAGACCUCAGGCAGCGAGUUGCAGACUGGAAAGGUCAUCCCAUGUCUGGUCUCGGCCCGCUUCAAAUGUUUGAUAUCCUAUCCGUUCGUCGAGACGUGCUCGUUCGCGAGUUUUACGUCUAUCUUUUCAAAGAGGCCAUCAUUUGCGUGCUCGAGGAGAAGAAAAAGUCGCUCGGUCGGCUAUUGUCGCCCGUUGGAAGCGAAAGCAACUCGAUCAAUAGCUCUACGUUCUCCGGGAACAAGGGUGUGCUUAGGCUAAAGGGCCGAAUUUACAUCCGUCACAUCAAGCAAGUGCACGACACUUCGUCUGCUGGCGAGCUCAGCCUCACCAUUGAUAUGGAGGACGAACGAUUGGAGAGUUUUAUUCUCAUCUUCCGCGACCGAGCGACGCUCGAGAGUUGGCGCUCCAACAUUAGCAACCUGGUUGCUACCUUUCAGCAAGGUGGAGGUAGUGCAGGUGGGAGCACCGCAUCGAGUGGAAGAGGGACGGGUGAAAAUAUGUCAUCGAAUGGAAGCACGGUGGGACCGUCUGGUGGGAGUCGGUCGGGGCACGAGCUGGACGAGUUUGGGGGGACAGCACCGCUCGCGCUCAAUAAUGGGCCAGGUGCCCUCCCCAAGGGCGUUUCUGCCAAGGCUGCGCGUAUGCUCAGUGGGAGCACCACUGGUUCCGACUCUAGUCAGCCGGAUUCGCUCGGCAUGAACGGCAGGAGUGUCGCCAGUUCGAAUACGAGUGGCGUCGGUGGGUAUGGAUUCGGAUCGAACUUGUCCAAGAUUCCGAGCGAAGAACAUCUUGGUUACCCUGGUUCGCCGGCUGCGAUGGGUAUGGAGUCGCGGACGAUUACACCACACGUCGCUGCUUCGGCGUCCAACUCGCUCCAACCUCUUCCUCACCCACCUCUUGAUCUCAUCCUCGUCAUCUCCGUCCCGCCAUCCUCUUCCUCUGCCCAAGCCUAUUCAACACACCUUUCACCCGCCACGGCCCAACUCAAGGUCCGGGUGAUCAAAAACACGCUCGAUUUUGUACUCGCGCAGCUCGGGCAGCGAGAUCGCCUCUCGCUGGUCACCUUUGAAGUCGGCACUGGUGGUCGGGUGCGCAAGUCGCCCUUCUUGUGCCCUGGCAAGCUCGGGAGUAAAAAACGGUUGCAGCGGUUCAUUGACGGGAUUGUGGGGCCCGAGGAUCCGCCCCGGGGACACGACUAUGAUGACGAGUUUCUGGUGCGGCAUGCGAAUGAAGAAAAGACGGAUGUCGUAACGGCUGUCAACCAUGGCUUGGACGUUGUGUUGCAGCGCAAGGGGAAGAAUAGUGUCAGUGGGAUGGUGCUUGUCUCCGACGCGGCGGAUUCGACUCGGCGGGCCCAGAUGGAUCUCGUCCUCGCGAGAGCAGAAGCGGCAAAUGUUCCAAUCCAUUCGUUUGGAUACGGUCGUUCGCACGAUCCGGCUUCGCUAUGGCUCAUUUCCAAUCAUACGAGCGGCACAUACACGUUUGUGCGGGACUGGUAUGAUCUUCGAGACUGUCUCGCUGGAUGUCUCGGAGGGAUGAUGUCCAUUGCACUUCUGAGCAUGAAACUGCAUAUGAAGAUUGUAGACGCCAAUCGCUUCCGUAUUCGCAAAGUCUCUGGAGGACCUAAUGCGAUUGUGGCCCAGGAUGGUAAAGACGUACACAUUGAAGUGGGCGAGCUGCGAUACGGAGAGCGCAAGGAGAUGCUUGUCGAGCUGGAACUCGACAACAAUAUGGAUAUUAUGCGGAUGAAUGCUCUCAUGGCGGGUGCGGGAUCUGGAGGAAUACCGUCGAACAAUGAGCCGUUGCAGAGCAGGAAUGGAGGGAUGAUGAACGCGACGGACGCGUUUGUCGCGCGGAUGGGCCUGGAUAUUUCUGGCGAUAGCCCUAAUCUGAUGGACGGUAUGAUGGACCGAAUGAUCGACGAGGUACCCGUGUUCGAAGUCGACGGAUCCUUCUUCGAUCCCGUGGCGGCGAAGCAGGUCACCCGCCUCGCACACCCUGUUCUCCUCACCGUCACAUUGAUGCCGGUACAGCAACGACCGUCACAGUCGCCCUCGCAGCAGCCCGUUUCGGACGCGCUCAUUGUCCGUCGACGAAUGGAGUUGUUGACGAGCGACAUGGUCACGCGUGCGCUCGUGCUCGUCUCGCGCAAGAAUUAUCCUCAAGCACAGAGGCUUUUGGCGGAGACGAGACGGAUUUUGCAUACCCUCCUCCAAAGCGUCUCGCAGCAGCUCCCACCUCCGACGGCUGGUGGUGUACCGCAGGCGCGGAAUCGCAAAGAAAUGUUGACGUUUUCGGCCGUGCGUGCGCUCCAGGCCAUGCUGCAAGAUUUGCAGGCACUGAUUGAUGCAUUGGACGAGAAUGUGGACAUGUUUGCGCACGACCAACGCAACUUUGGUGCGCAACAGGCGAUGAUUCUCCGGGACCAAAAGAGUUGGAGCAAGCGGAGUGCGGUUGAGCGGCUGUUCUGGACGGUGGAUAACAGCAUUGAGCUCGUUGGACGGAGCGUGGAUUGGGUUGGUCGGGACUAG